GAAACACCAUGACCAAAAACUAAAUUACUCAAGAUUGUGGGAUACUAUAUGAAUCUUAAGCCUGUUAUAAGGUGGCAAUGUCUCGGGAACCUACUCCACCGCUGCUUGGAGAUAUGUCUCCUAGCCCUGUUGCAGAAAGCUGGUGUUACACACAGGUUAAAGUGGUGAAAUUUUCCUACAUGUGGACUAUUAAUAACUUCAGUUUUUGUCGAGAAGAAAUGGGUGAAGUGUUAAAGAGUUCAACAUUUUCUUCUGGCCCAAAUGAUAAAAUGAAAUGGUGCCUGAGGGUAAACCCAAAGGGAUUAGAUGAUGAAAGUAAAGACUAUUUGUCCUUAUAUUUGCUUUUAGUCAGCUGCCCAAAAAGUGAGGUUCGAGCAAAAUUCAAAUUUUCCCUUCUGAAUGCUAAAAGGGAAGAAACAAAAGCAAUGGAAAGCCAAAGAGCUUAUCGAUUUGUACAGGGGAAGGACUGGGGAUUUAAAAAAUUCAUUAGAAGAGAUUUUUUGCUUGAUGAAGCCAAUGGUCUCUUACCAGAUGACAAGCUUACAUUAUUCUGUGAGGUGAGUGUGGUUCAAGAUUCAGUCAAUGUCUCAGGACAUACAAAUACAAACACUUUGAAGGUGCCGGAAUGUCGACUAGCAGAAGACUUAGGUAAUCUCUGGGAAAACACAAGAUUUACAGAUUGCUGCUUUUUUGUGAGAGGAAAAGAAUUCAAAGCUCAUAAGUCUGUGCUUGCAGCUCGAUCCCCAGUUUUUAAUGCAAUGUUUGAACAUGAAAUGGAAGAAUGCAAAAAGAAUCGAGUGGAAAUAAAUGAUUUAGACCCUGAGGUUUUUAAAGAAAUGAUGAGAUUCGUUUACACAGGAAAAGCACCAAAUCUUGAUAAAAUGGCCGACAACUUGUUGGCAGCUGCAGACAAAUAUGCACUGGAACGGCUGAAGGUCAUGUGUGAAGAAGCUUUGUGUAGUAGCCUCUCAGUAGAAAAUGUUGCUGAUACCCUUGUCCUUGCAGAUUUGCACAGUGCAGAACAGUUGAAAGCCCAGGCAAUAGACUUUAUUAAUAGGUGCAGCGUACUUCGACAACUUGGAUGUAAGGAUGGGAAAAACUGGAAUAACAACCAAGCAACUGACAUCAUGGAAACAGCAGGGUGGAAGUCUAUGAUUCAGUCUCAUCCUCAUUUAGUGGCAGAAGCCUUCCGAGCACUAGCAUCUGCACAGUGUCCACAGUUUGGUAUUCCACGCAAACGGCUAAAGCAGUCUUGAGUCUUCCAUGGACAGUAGGAAAAUUGAUUGCCUUUACUCCCCCAGGUCCAGAAGGAUUCCAAUACAAACCAUAAGCAACAGUUGUUUCUGUCUCUUGUCCACAGAACAAAAGCUAGAAAAGCAUAUUGCUUGCUUUCAGGUGGAUAAUUUAUGGUUUAUACUUCAGCUUUAAAUCAGACUGAUUAAUUCACUUCAAGGCCUUAAAUUAUCUUCAGUGACUUCUCUUGUUCAUAAUAGUUUAAUUUUUUUAUUGUGCCUUGUCAGUUUGCCAAGGCUAUGCAGGAUUGCACUAGCUCCACAAUGCAGUAAUAUUGACAACUGAAGAUACUGAGUUUGAAAAGGAUCUUCCAUUGUUUUGGAAACAAAAGAAUUUUAUAGGUUUUGUUCUAUGCAAUCUCCAAGUUUAAAACUAGGUUCUCCUGGAUUUGGAGAUUGCCAGAGGCGCCUCCAGUCUCAGUUCUGUUGACACUAAAGAGCCUAUUACUGUUGAGGUAAGUGGUGGCCACACACUGCUCUGGUUAAUUUAUUUUUCAUUUCAUGGGGCAGAUAAGUAAUGAGUUGGCCUAAACUUUUAGUAAAAUUUUUGGUGUUUAUCUGUAUAUUAACUGCUCAAGAAACUGGGUUUAUGUGCAUUUCAAUGAUUGAGAAAUGAUUUGAAGUUGAGAUUUCAGUGAAAAGAAAGCAUGGUUUUUGCUAAUGUGUUAAAUUUAUACUGACUUACAUUUGAAAGAAUAAUUUAGUAGAUGUUAAAGUCAGGAUGACCAAAUGUACAUUACAUGAGUGGGCCAAUUAAGAAAUAUAUAUAUAUGCACUUUUAAUGUGUAAUUUUUCUAUGAUGAAUGGUACAUAUAUAUUUUUUUCCUUUUGAGGGGAUUAAUAAGGUAUAAUUACGUUUAAACAUUUAAAAGAAGUUUAUAUGACACAUGGAGCCAACUUGGAUGUUUGUGAUAAUAGAUAAACAUUUGCUUGAUUAUAGAUUAAUUGAUUUGGAUUUCAAAUAGUCAUUAUUGAAUUUAUUACUAUUUUAUCACGCUUUGAAAAAGGCACCUAACAAUAAAUGAGUCCUGUACAAUCUACUUCCUUUUAAACAAUGAAUGAAUAAUAUUUGCGUGUGGGAGAUGUGUGGGAAAGUAGAGAACCCUCUGAAAGUAUGUGCAGCCUCAUUAGGAAACUUUAUUUCCCCUUGUUUUCUCCUUGGUGACUCACUUACUGAUUAACUGUAGAUUGCUGAAGUUUUACAUAAUGUGAACAGGAUAAACGAUAUCAACUGUUUUUCAUGAGCCAGUUCUUUAUUAUGAAUUUAGCUUUACACAUAAAAAUGUUUGAAGGUUGGUAAUUGUGAGAUGUGUUCUGAUGCCUUGUCCUAGAGAAGCAGAAGUGGUCAGUGUCAGAUCAUAUAUGAUGGAAGCAUGGUAGUAUGCUUCCUACAUAAAGACAGAGCAUGUUGCUGGAAAAACAGGUACAUAUGCCUGUAUGUUUGCAUUUAAAGCUUUAUUUCCCAUAUUAAAAUUUGUGUAAUUUGUUUAUUUAGUCUUAAAAUUCAGGACAAAAUAAUUAAGCAUAUGGUUUUAAAAUAGACUUUAUUUUUACUAUAGCUUUAUUGGAUGUUAACUGAAGUAAUUCUAAAAUACUUACUUUGAGAAAAUAUUGUCAAAUUAGCACAGUUCAAAAGAGCAAACGAGCAAAAAUCUAUUUUUAGAUAUUUUAGUUUAAGUCUUUCUUGUGUUACAUUAAAAUGGAACGAAUUAUCUGUGAUAGAAGAAAAGUUUUUCAUCUGACAAUGGGCUUCACCCUGUAUAGGAGAAUCAUGACAAGCAAAAAUUUACUCCCUUAAUUUCAUCAUAAUAUGAAGCCUAUUACCUUAACAUUGUACAAUUUUAAAAUACACACACACACAUACAUACACACAUACAUAUACUUUAUUACAAGAUUUUCCUGUGGUCUUACUAAAAAACAAAGAUAUCAGUCAGCUGUGAAAUACAUUGUCACAUAUCAUAAAAACACUGAAAUCUAUAUACCACGUAUUGUAAAUUGAUUCUCAUUAAUUUGGUCUACAUUUCUAAAUACAAUGAAAUAUAAUGACCAUGUAGUGGUCAUUAGAAAUGUUUAUUGAUCUUAAGGAUUUUGUUAUAAAGAUUUUUGUUUUUAGUUUGCUAAAAUAUUUUCUACCAAAAAUGUCAAACAGUGUGCUCUACAAAUGUCAGUGUUAUCUGAAAUGUCCACUUUUCUGAUAAUACAGUACCUACCAUUAUACCCACAGAAUCAUUCAAUAUUUUAUUUUUUUAUGUGUAUUUUAGUAGCAUAUUUUAGGUUCUUGAGUCAGUGAUAAGAGGCUGUUAAUGUAUUCUUAUUAAAUGUCAUAAUAGCAUUUCCCCCACUUACCUCCCCCAUUUUUAAACUAUAUAAAACUUGGCCAAAAUAGGUACGAAUUCUGUCUAAUGCAGUCUUUGUCUUUUAAGUUACCAGUUUGCUCCUAUUACCCUCUAGUCACCCAAACAAAGCUUUCCUCACAACACAAGGAGUGGUUUUAAAUAUUACAAUUAAGAAAUGUAGCCAUUGGAAAACUGUUCUUUGGACUAAGAUUUAGAAACACUGUUAUUUGUGCCUUUUUCAUUUUUUUACUUUUAAUGUGUUUGAUAUUUGGAGCACAAAUAUGAAGGUGCCAUAAUAUGGCUUGCUGAUGUUACCUCCUUAAAUACUUCUGUGUCACUGUCUUCAGAUAGCUAUUGGAGAACCUUGAAUCAAAUGUGGUCAUUUGUGUGAGGUAUGUAUGUGUUUGUAUCUGUAUUCCCUUGGGCUGUGUGUAAUACGUUUAAGACUGAAUUUAUGAAAAUAGGACUUAGUUAAAAUAUGCUGAAAGUUCAGAUUAAUUGAUGUAUCUCAUUUUAGUGUGCUUUAUUUGAGAAGACAGUGGAUUGCCAGAAGACAGUGUAAUCCUCAAAAAUGUGACCAGCAUUCUGCAUGAUAAAAUAGGAAAACAGUGCUGGUUUAGGAUAUCAAGUAUAAUUAAAAUUUAAAAUAAUUGCUUUACAUAUCUUAAAAGUGUCAUGAGCAUUACUGUUUUAUUUUUAACUAGAUCUAAUUGAAAGUUUAAAUUGUCAAAGAUAUUAAUUUGCCCGUUUAAAAUUUUGUAUAUAAAUUCUAAGAAUUUUUUUAUAUGAAAUUAUAGAUAAGGACUUUGAGAGUGGUUCAGUGAUAGAGUGCAUAUCAACAUUUGUGAUCCCUGGGUUGGAUCCAUAGCACCACCAAAACACACAAAAAAUGAGGAAUCAGAGAUAAUAUUCCUUGUUAGAGAAAUGCAACAAAGACUCGUGUAAGUUAUAUGAAAAUCCAACCCAGUAAGUUUUACUAAAAGCCACAUUCAUGAAGAGGUAGACUAACCUGACUUGGACAUGCCUGGUCUUAAGUGAGUGGAUGAGUGAGUUGUUUCAGUGUUCUCAGAGUAUAAAUACAGCACUUUCAGCACACGUGAGAAUAUUUUGCAAACCUUUUUAUAUAUAGAUUGUGAGCUCCAGUUUAAGUGUUCAUGGAAUGAUGUCAAUGUUAGGUCUCGCUGAACAAAUACUGAGUGCCUCAAAUGCAAGACUUCUUCACUAGGAAUGAAAUCACACUGUAUCUUCUGUUGUUGUAUGUGAACUUUAUGUCUGAGAAGGAAUACUUAUAUUUAAAUAUUUUCCUGUUAGUAAAGCUUAUUGUAUACUAUAAUCUAGUUAAUUUUGCAUUGCUUAAAAGUGAAUUGAGCCCAUUUAUGGAAAUAAAGUUCUGCUAAAAUUAUUUAAUUAUUAGUUCUGAAGGAAGUUGACUUCAAGAUUCAGAUAUAUAAACAUUUAACUUUUCGGCCUUUAUUUAAUAAUCAGUUGGUGUUUUAUGAUGAGAUACAUACUAUUUGUGUCUUGAUGUUGGAAAUAGAUUUUGUGUUUCAGCACGUUGAGUUAAAAUAAAAUUGUUACUACUUAUUCAGAA